UGUAAGUUGAUUUUGUACUUCACCCUUACAAUAACUUUCAUGUGUCAAAAACUAAAUUUUAAAAUAGUAUUUGCGCAUAAAAUCGAUAAAUUUCCCAAUUUUUACGGUAGUGUUUUCGCUGAUUCUGCAAUUUGGCAACCACGUACCAUGAUCUCAUGGCUUUUCCACCAAUUAUUUUUGUUAUCAAAUUGAUGGCGUGAUAAGACUGUCGUGUUAUGAUCGAGUGAUUAAGGCAAGUGCAUUGCAAAACGUAGACUGCGACAUUAGGAGGCAAGCAAAUAACCAUGAAUAAAAAUCUGGAUGAGAAGUAGGAAAGAUAACUAAAAUCAUGGAUGCGAUGAAACUAACAUCGCCGGAUGAGGGCAUGGAGGCCCAAGAAGAAUUUCUAAUUAAAACAAAAGGAUGUCCCCCUCGUAUAAUUCCUGGCCCUGCACACCCUACAAAUAAAGGAUCGAUAUCAUGGGGUCAUCAAGGGUUCAUUGCCUAUGGGAGCAAUACAUACGUUAUUGUCAUGGAGCCUGUGACUGCUCAACAUGUCCAAGUCUUCAAAGGUCACAAAACGUUUGUAAAGAAGGUUGCUUGGGCUCCUUACAGUAUCCUGGAAAAAAAUGACAAUGAUUUCCUGACCCUAGCAUCGGGUGAUGAGUCUGGACAAAUCAUCAUAUGGAACAUGAAAAGUGGAAAAGCUGUCACUCAUCUAAUGGACUGUCCAAAACCCACUUUAGGUUUAGAAUGGAUCAGGACUAACAACAAGAAGGAUUUAAUUUUAGCGGCUCUACAUGCCCCCUACUUCCUUGUUUUGUGGGACGUUAACAAAAAAACAAAAAUGUGGAAGCAGAACUUUCCUCACACCUUGGUGUCUCUUUCAAUCGACCCCUUUGAUUCAACCAGAUUGGCCUUCUUAUGCACAGAUGGAAUCCUGUUUCUCAAUGACUUCAAUUGGAAAAAAAUUCCUCCAGGAAAUGGCACAAAAUUGUAUAUUUGGAGUCCGAAAGCAAUAGAUAGAAGCUGUUUUGAAAAUAGUCACCGCACAAGAGAGCGAUUAAAGAUGGUCAUGAAGACUGUGAAUGUUUCCCAUACCAAACCGAAAUCUGAUGCAGGACUGACGGUUGAAGAUUGCAUUGAAAUUCACUUUCAUCAUUCUUUGAAGCAUCUCCUUAUUGUUUUAUACCCGAGAGACAUAUUAAUCAUUGAUUUGAAGAUGGAAACAGCCGUUGGAAUAGUCUCAAUAGAGCAGUCUGCUUCCCCAUUUAUUCAGUUAUGGCCAGCUAGACAGAGGGAUGUCCUGUACUGUGUACAUGAAUCGGGUAGUGUGAGUGUGAAAACCAGAAGUAAAUUGGACCUUGGUGUGUCACUCGCCUCACCCUUGGAUGCUCCAUUUCAAAACCCUGACAGUGGCUUCAUGUGGUAUGAGACUCUUGUUCAAAGUGACUUUGUACGGCAGAUGAAAGGCUCUAGAAUACUGGGAAUUUCUGUUUGUCCAGUCACUGAAUCAAAAAUUGCUCUUGUUGUAUCCUCAGGAAAAGUCACACUGUAUGAGCUGGAAAAUUUAUCAAUCCUCAAAGGCAAAGAUUUGAAUAAACUAUCUACUAUGCUACCACCAUCCAUACAAGACCGAGCGUUACCUUUGAAGAUGCGCCUUUUGGUUUGCGGAGUUUUGUCUGGGCUCCUCUACCCUUUGACAGUUUUAAAAGUAGCACCUGCACCAUCAAGUUCUCAAGAGGCAGUUUUUCCAGCUCCGAUUGUAGCUGUUGGAUCUCAGUGCGGCUCAGUUCAGCUUUUCAGUCCGCAGACUGGUGAAAUCUUCAGAGAAUUAGCGCUUCACAAUUACCCUGUGCGAGGAAUUGAGUGGUGUGGCCAUAACUAUUUCAUUUCCUGGGCCUAUCAGUCUGCUGAUACUCUAGUUCAAAAUGAAGUUUUUGUCACCAACAUUGAAACAGGAAAUUCUGUACCACUCCGCGCAGAUGCAAGCAUCGAACCACCCAUCGAAAUCAUAAAAGUCUCCCAUCUGAAACAAUACUUCAUUCUGGUGCUCAAAGACAGACCUGUAGAACUUUGGGAUUUGGAAAAGUUUUCGCUGUUGCGCACCAUGUCAAAAAAAUUUCCCUUUAUCACAGCUCUCGAGUGGUCGCCUGUCUACAAGAAGAAACGAAGGAAAAGCUCUGCAGGGAAACAAGCUGUUGAGCAAAAUGCUGAAAACUGCAAAGAAAAGGAGUACUUCGUCAUGCGUGAUACUGAAAGUUGUUUGUACCAUUUUACUGUUGAAAAUAAUUCUAUAGUCGAAGGCGUGAAAAUUCCAUCUGAAGCAGGUUUGGCAACCGUGACCUGUAUCGCAUGGAAAAACAAUAAAAUACUGCAAGCUGACUCCGAAGGUUUAAUCCACAUAUGGGACUUGAAAGCUCGCUGUUCUAAUGGAAUGCAGGCUCAUAAAGGACCUGUAAUAAAAAUGUGUUUUGCUCCUGGAAAACAUAACUUCAAACUUUUAGCACUGUUCAAUGAUAGCCUUCAAUUAGCGGAUGUCAAAGGGAACGUUUACAACCGGCUUCACAUGGUGAAAAUGCCGGAGGAAUCACCAAAAGUUAUUGACAUAGAUUGGGCUGACUCAGAAACUCCCUUAGCAAUAACAGAAGAUGGUUGUUGUUAUAUUCUGGACGACAGCCUAUCAAACACUAGCUCACCCCUGGGUGAGCUGAAAUACGCCCAGCGAUUCACAAACGCCUACGAUAUGCGGCCGGAAAAUAAAUCCGUCUACUACCUUGAAAACAUAAUUUUCAGAAACUUCGAGCCCAACAUUCGAUUAGCAGAAAUAAAUGAUUUGAAAUACUUUACUGGUCUGCGAGAUGUUGAGUGGCGACACCUAUCUACCUCUCAAAUAAUGAUACUAACCGCACAUAUGUUUGGCUGUCAAGCGGAAAUUGAUUUUUGGACCGUAGCGGACUAUUAUUUACAGGUAGCCAAAGUGACGGAAAAACUUCCGGAAGGUGCUGGAUCUUGUCCGGAUGCAAACAAUAUAAACCUCUUCCAGAAACUCACUCCUCUAGAUACCUGCUAUGACUUUCUCUGUGAUAAUUAUUCCUACAAACAACUACAACUGGAAAGAAUCUGCCUCCAAGAGUGGAGGCGUACAGACUACGAGCAUUCGCGCCUAGUAAUCAAGAAACUCAUCCUUUUGAACGAGACCGACAAAGCAGUCCAGUUCUUACUGGAGACAGACUUCGAUCAUCCAAAUUAUUAUGUAGACGCAAUCAAAGCAUGCUUGAUCGCAACAAUCCAGUCUGGUGCUGCGUCUCAAAGCACAAUCAAACUAGUCGCAACAAACUUAAUUGCCAAUGGAAAAAUUUGGGAGGGCGUCGAGCUGUUGUGUUUGAUAGGCAAAGGUCUAGAUGCGUGCCGCUAUUUACUAUCGUACAACCAACAUGCAUCAGUGAUUUGGUUAGCCAAAGCGGUUCUUCCUACGGACGAGUGCAAAGAAGUGAUGAUGAAAGUAGCCGAGCACUUCUUAUCACAGGGUAACAAAGACGUGUAUGUCUUGAUCCUUAUCUCUCUUUUGGAGUUUGACCAAGCCUUGCAGUUCUUGGUAGAGGAUAAUCAGUGGGAGCAAGCGUUGGUUCUAUACAUUGCAUGCGAAGAGCAUGAAGUUUCAGUGAAACAGGAUUUGGCGGAUUUCAUUGUGGAAAAUUUUAUCGUCAAUCGUUUGCCGAGACUGUGCAACUUCAGUGAUGCUGAGAGUGUUGCGCUAGAAAUUAAUAAUUGCCUUCAGGCAAGAUUUAAUUUGAAGAUGGAAAGUCAGGAACAAUUUCAGAAAGAAUUCAAAGCUGAAGGGUUAAAGCUGCAUUGAUUUUAAGGAAAUUUUUUAUUUUUCAUAUAUUGUACAUCAAAGAUGUUCUCAGGAGUGCAAAAAUUUCCAAAAUGCAAAUCGUCUCUUGCUUUCCAGCACUUUUACCUUGUAGCGAAAUUUUUGUGUAGCCUUUUGAAAAUGUUCAUUUGUUUAAAUUUUUUGAGAGGAUGUGCAAGGAUUGAAAUUGUAAUUGUUUUUGAAAAUUGCUUUAACCUUCUACGGUAUGAAUUAAUUUUGAAUUUUGAGGGACACAAAUCUAUGUUGUAGCUUUUGUUAUAACAUCGAGUCCCACAUUUUUUUCCACAUUUAAAAUGUUUGGGAAUCAUUUAUUCAGAAAAGAAAAUACUGAUGAAAAUUUGCCAAAUCAUGCCACAAGGGAAACACUCAAUCCUUAAAAUCCCAAAAAACGCGUCCUUACGAAUUCGCAACACCAUGCCAUAAAGGGUUAAGGCGAGGUACAAGAUUUUCAGCUUUUUUGUCGCAGCUAGCAUAUCGCAAGGUAUGGAAUUUUUUUGCGCUCCUGCUUUUUAGUGUUGAACGUAGCCUGGUGAUCAGUUCCUUGUUCAGAGCCGGACUCAAUCUCACCAGAACAUGAAGAUGAGAUGCCAUUCAAAUCAUUUAAUUGAAGAUACCUACUGCUUUUUGUCACAUUGAAUGAUUCCUUCCUUACUCAUCCAUCCCGUUCGUUCUGAAUGAAUUUUUAAGCAAAUAGUACUUGCCCCGUAUACUUAUUAAUACUGAAUAUAAUAAUGAGUUGCUUUUACUCAGGUCGAUGAACACUUUUAGUGAAACGAUCUCUUUUUUAGCUUAUUUUUAGAUAUUUCUCUUUUUUUUGCAUUCCAUUUUAAUGAUAAAUGCUUUUUUUAUUUUAGCUUUAUCAUUUAACGAUGAUGAAAGUUCGAACUUCAAUUCGCGAUGCUGCAAACUACGUCAAAAUCUAUUCUCCAAAUGGAAAAUGACUCAAUGUCAUUUCUUGAAAACUUCCCUGUAUUUUUUCCUCUGUGUGAAAUAUAUCCUGUGAAAAUUUUAAGCCAGAGUAUUGAUGAGGCCUCCUUUGAUAAAAUGAAGUAAAAGCAUAGAUAUUAAAACGCCGCAAACACUUUUGCAGUCUCAUUGUCGUUAUGUAUAUGCCUUGGAGAACGCUCCUAAGCUAGUCUUACCUUCGCUAAAAUGACUCUAUGAACUUGAAAGAUUACUGGUCAAUAUUGAAAAUAUGUGUAGUGUGAAAUUCUCCCAAGUUUUGCUCAAGUUUGAAGCUUUAAGCCCGUCACUCUGCUAUUAAUUUUUUUUAAUUACACAUUUCUCUGAACAUUUUACACAACCUUUGUCGAUCAAACCAAUAUCAGAGAUUUAGUGCCACUUCAAUUCACGAUAGUGUACAUCAGAGCAAAAAUCUGAUUUUCUCUCUUUCCACGGAUCUCACCUCAAGACCAGAUUCAAAUUUUUCUGACUCAAUUGUUUGUCCUUUUCGUGAAAGAAAUUAACUACGUACAAAAGAGACCCCAUUUUAUGUGUUCCUUAAUUGUUAAAACAUAAUAAAUUGGAAGUUUCUUGGAGACCUGUAUGACUGCCAAGUUUCCAGAGGUUAGGGUAAAUAAAGAGACCUAACCGCUAUAAUUUUGUGUAUCAUAGAUAUUUGUAGUUCGUCAAAAUAAAAUUUAGAGCCAUAUUUUUAUAAAAGUUUUAAAAGAUUUAGGAUAACUGCAAAGUAUGAAAGUUUUGUAUUGACUGUAUUGUAUUUUUUCCUUUUCGUCACUCUAGCAAUUUUUUAGUGGGGAGUCCGCGUCAAAUAAGUUUGAACUCUUUUAAACUGCUAUAGAAGAUCUGCUGUCCUUAAUUUAGCAUUAGAUACCAAUACAAGAAUCAAGAUGGCGGAUCUUCUGUCUCGCUCUGAAAGUGUUCAAAUUUAUUGCGGAUGCCCUCCGUUUUUUGUUUUUUCCCACCAGACACUUAUAAUUUUUAAAUAUUACGAGUAAUUCAAUCCAUCUACAUUUAAAAUCAUAUCUCAGGCACCCUUGCCUAUCCCUUUUAAAGUACCUCUCACUUGCAAAAUUUUUUAUUCUUAAGAUUUUACGUACACCAAUAAUGAGUCCAACUCAAAACUGGAUACCUUAGUGGUAUCUUUUUAGUUGUACAUAUGUAUGAAAUUCCAUGUGUCAUAGACCAGGAGUAAAUAUAUAUUUUUAGUCAUUGUUUUUCUGUGUAAAUAACACUUUGUUAUAGCCGUUGUGAUAGUAUCUUAUGUGAUAAUUGAAUUUAUAUAAAAGUUGUCAAUGGCAGAUAGCCUUUUCAAAUAAACCACAAUUUACUCAGUAAA